GCGCUUGCAGCGUCAUCCUGAGGGGCCGGUUUGAAUGAGACCCCGAGGAAAGGAAGCGCCGCGCCGCCAGAGCUCCUUCUCGCUUCCUCUGCGCGCCCUGAGCUGCCGCUGCUGCCGCUCCUUCCGCCUUCUUCCUGCAGGCUGCUCUCGCUCGCCGCCAUGCCGCUGUUCACAGGUGAGCCUGCUCCGCCUGCCGCCAGCAGCGCCGCGCAGGGGCCUAGUGCGGCUUCUCCUUCGUAGGCCUUGCUGGGGUCCUCCCGCUCCACGGGCCGGGGCUCGCUUGCACGGGACUGCGUGGGCUGCCUUCUCCGAAGGGCCUUCCUGCCCACCAGAGACAGGGGGAAGGAGGGAAGGCGGUUUUUAUCAGGUGCGAAGUUGGCUUGGCAUUAUGGAGACACCUGGCCUGGUGAGGGAGGAAGAACUAGGGGCUCGCUUAUUGUUUGCAAGGGUCCCCUUCCUGUCCAGGAAAAUGGGGCUGCUACACAGUAAGCCUUCCUCUUGUCUUCUUAUGCACUGCGUAAGCCACCCGUCCUGGAUGAUUUCGAGUGGCAGUCUUCAACCGUGUCAGAAUCUGGGCCCCUUUUGAUCACAACAUGGAAUACGGGACCUUAUUCAUAAGUUACUUUUAUGCACACACACACACAUCUUCCUUUUUCCCAGUGGUGAUAUAUGCUGCAGAGGAGAAUAUAGUGGGCUCCUGUGUGGGAGUGUGAGAAUUUUGUUGAAUGCUGCUAGUCAUGCAGUAGUGACGGGAGCUUUCCCUCUAGAAAUCACCUUUGCAUACAGCUGUUAAGACUGAGUCCUUGUUCUCCUUUUCAUCUAGUAGCUUUCUGUCUAGCCUUCUUUCUUGUCUUUUAACGUGAACAACAAAAUGAUGGUUGGUGUUGAUGCCAUUGGUGUGAUCCAUAAAGAUCAGGACGUGAUGCAUUGGGAGGUACUGAGGACUUUGGGGUCUUCUGAAGACCAAUGGUUACAUGAUGAAUAACACUGUGGUGUCUCAGCUUGCACAUGUGAAAUCUUUGGUGGAAGUUCAAAUAAUGACCCAGUUUGCAAGUAAUGCUAAGCCAACCCAUGGCUAAGCAAGAACCAUAUAAGAUUCAUUAUUCUGCAAAGUUCUUGACUGCGGAAUCCUUUGUGCUUGAAUAGUGAAUCUUUCCAUUAAAUUUAUGCUUUACAAUAUUUCAUUGUAAAAUGAAAUAUAAACCUCUGUAAACUUUUUCAGUGUAUACAGCAUGUAAGAACUGCACACCACUGUACCAUAACUUGACGGUCCUAUUUAUCUUUCCUCCCCCUUGCAGUUAACGUAAAGUGGGGCAAGGAGAAAUUUGAUGGAGUGGAGCUGAAUACAGAUGAACCUCCAAUGGUAUUCAAAGCGCAGCUUUUUGCUUUGACUGGAGUUCAGCCUGACAGACAAAAAGUGAUGGUGAAAGGUGGAACUUUAAAGGUAGAGUUUGAGAAUAAUUUUGCCAUACUUUUGUCAUUGUGUGUUUUAUAAAUUUAGUGGAUUGUUGCCGUUCUUAGCAGGAGAAAACAUACUGAGUUUGGCUUGUGGGAUACAGGUAGAGAAGCACCAAAAAAUUAAACAAAGCAGGUAACCAUAAAGUGGUGCUUCCCUUUAGGUACUUAUGUUUUGGGUAUGGUAAGCUACAUGACUGAAAGGAAUUCUACUUCCUGUGUGUAAUGUGAUAACUAAAACUAGCAUAUUGAUGCAAACCAAAGAGAGCUGGUCUGCUUUUGUGAUGUUUUAGAGAAUGUGUGUGUAUACCAGUUCACCAAAAUGGGUGCAACCCACCAAGCAUUGCUUCCAGAUGUGCCCUGUUUAAAUGAACUAGAGCUCAGUAGUGCUUGGUAGGUUGCAAGAGGUCUAUGCAUGCAAAUACAUAGAUAUACAUAGACACUUGUUGCUUUCCUUUUAGUUUGAGGCAGUGAGCUGAUAUGGUAGAAACUAUUAAAUCACUGAAACUUUAAGCUUUGGCAAUUUGAUGCCAUGAGUACUGCAGGAAAAUUCAGUCCUGUGUCUAGGACAUUGAAAAACUAUAAUGUGUCCUAAAUAGGGCAGCCAUUGAGGAAUGGUUGAAAAGCCUGGGUAUAUUCUGCUUGGAGAAGAUUAAGACAUGACGUGAGAGCUGAUAUCUGAAGUACUGUUACUUGCUGAAGAUGGAGCAGACUUAUUGCCUCUUGCUUCAGAGGGCAAGACUGAAAGUGAUGCUUGGAAUUGCAAAGAAAUAGAUUUUGGCUAAAAUUAUGUGAAUACAGUGGUACCUCUGGUUAGGAACAUAAUUCAUUCCGGAGGUCCGUUCUUAACCCAAAACCAUUCUUAACAAGAGGCAUGCUUUCACUAAUGGGGCCUCCCGCUGCCACUGCGCGACUUCCACUUGCAUCCUGGGGCAAAGUUCGCAACAAGGAGCAUCUACUUCUGGGCUAGUGGAGCUCGUUACCCGAAGCGUUCGUAAGGAGGACGGUACGUAACCCGAGGUUCCACUGUACUUCCUAAUGUGUGAACUGUUCAGCAGUUCUUGUAGGACAUGCCCAUGUCUUCUUUGCUAGAGGUAGUUAAACAGAAGAGGGAUCUGUCAAAGAUUGAGAAGAAUAAACUUUGAAAAAGCAACAUGCACAUACCUGUCUCUAAUAUGUAAACACUUUUCUAGCUGCCUUAGGAAGUAGUAGCUGUCGGUAAAUAAUUCCUUCCCGGCUAGCUUAAGAACUUGCUUAUUUUUGCAGGUAAAUAACAUGAAACCCCUGCUAUUUUAUGGUAACUUAUGCUUGUAUAUUGUUGGGAAUAUUUUCAUAUAUAAUUGGAAAACCUAUAAAACAUGAAGCAGUCUUAGAUAUUACACUGCUUAUUGUAUUGUUAAUGGCUUGCACAAAGAAUGGCAUUAACAAAUACAGUGGUACCUCGGUUUACGAACUUAAGCCGUUCCGGAAGUCUGUUCUUAAACCGAAACCGUUCUUAAACCGAGGCACACUUUCCCUAAUGAGGCCUCUUGCCGCCAGUGCCCUUUCACAGUUUGGAUUCCGUUCUUAGACUGAGGUACCACUGUAUUCAUAAUCUUCUGAGUCUGUGGCUUGGACUCUAGCUUCCAUCCUUUGAAUGGAAAAGUACUCCAUUUGUGGGAUUAGACUUCCCACCUCUUCUUUUCCUUAGUGGCCCUCUGCCUUCACAUAAUUUUGAAGGUUAGGGGAUCAUCAGGAAUUGAAUGGCAGGAGGACUGCAGCAGCAAGAAGCAAUUGCUGAAAAUCAGGGGGCCCACCUUGUGAGAGUGGAAGUGCUCAUACAACACUUUGGGGAACAAGCCCAUGUUUGCAGUUCAUAGUGGCUGCAAGUGUACUUCCCAUCCAUUAUACUGCACAUUUUCAGUCUGUUCUGUGAUAAAGGAAUGCUCUGUGUGCACACAGGGUUUCCCUGUUUCAUGUAUUAAGUCUUUCUAAUGGAUGAGAGUGAGAGCUUUUACACAGGUGGGUGUGUUCUUGAAGCUACUGCACUGCAGUUCAUAUUGGUGCAAUCUGCAUAAAGUUAUUCAUGUUUUUGUUCUGUUGGAAUGAAUAGCACUUAACUACGUCUUUCUGGGGAUUGUGCCUUGGGUUUUGCAGCUACUAGAUCUGCUGAUUCAUCUUAAUAUUAUUGCAGGCACUUAAAUUUGUUUUGUUUUGCUCAAUAGGAUGAUGAUUGGGGCAACAUCAAAAUAAAAAAUGUAAGUAUUGCUCAGUGACUAUAUUGGGCUGGAUGUCUUGGAUCCUAAUUUUUCUUCAGUGAAUGGGGCAGAGUUCACAGAAUGAGACUUUUCUGCCUCCCCCUUCUCUCUACACUUUUGUGCCCCUGUCUUCUGUGCUUCUUUGGGGUUGGAGACCCUUGGUAAUAGUGUGGGAUAUGGUGUGAAAGCUGCAGGUGGAGGGGGGUUGGGCAGAAAUCCCCCCUUUUAUGUGAAUUGUUAAAACCUUGUUCUGUAUUUGCUACAAUUAUUCAGCUGUGAAUGUGGUAGUCGGGGUUUUUGUUUGUUUUUUAAAGAAGAAGCAAGCAUAAAGGUAGUAACGGAAAGUCAGACUUAAUGGCUGAUACCAUUACUUAGUAACCUUGGUAAAAAAUUUCCUGAAUGUUUAGUAAAUAAAAGCAUCACUGGAAAGAAGAGAGGCAAGUUUAAUUAAGAAUAUGGCAGCGCCUACAUUUUAAAAAAAUGAAGUGGAAUAUACUGAUAGUGCUCAAAUAUUAUUUUUGAAAGAUAUUCCCUAACGUGCACAAGUAAGCAAAAUGUUAAAGGGUCUAAACCACCAUGCAUUUCUUAAUUGUCUAAUUAUAGUCAUUUUUCCUUUUUUGAACAGGGCAUGACCUUAUUAAUGAUGGGUUCUGCUGAGGCGCUUCCUGAAGAACCAAUUGCUCGGCCUGUCUUUGUGGAAGAUAUGACAGAAGAACAGUUAGCCUCAGCUGUGAGCAUAUUUUUUUCAUCCCUUUGUAGAAAUCUGAAUGUACUUCCUCAUAUUGCCACAAAUUUAACUUAAUAAUGUGUUGUGAACUUGCUUCGUUUUCAGAGAGAAGUCUAGAUGUAUAAGAGCUGCAAAUCUAGUUUUGUAUGACUGAGAAGGGUGUUUGAGAAAGUCUAACAGUCAACUGUUUAUUGCCUAUUAAGCUAGGAAAAUUUCAAAAGCAGUUUGUGACAUGGUGGUGGGGUAGCUGUUUAAAGGGAAAAAAUUGGAUUCAUUGGAGUACAGCAAGCCUUUGCAUGAGUCUUAAGGUUGCAAUACUAUACUUGCUAGAAGUCAGCUCCAUUGAACUCAAUGGAACUGUUGAGUAGACUUGUAUAGAAUUGCACUUUGGAUCCAUAGUGCUGCCUUAGUUAAAAGUGUAAAACCUGUUCUUUUUCUGUUUGUUUGAACAAACCACUUAAUUUUGUCCACAGAAAAGUAAUAGCUGUUCAUGUACUAGCCUUAGCUGUGCAAAAGUGCUAUAGAACUAAAUGUUGAGAGUGCUUUCCUGGAAAUCACUCAGGAAAAACUGCUGUAAAAUAUUCAAGCACUCUUAUAUUUUUGUGGUAGAUGGAGUUACCAUGCGGCUUAACAAAUCUUGGGAAUACGUGUUAUAUGAAUGCUACAGUUCAGUGUAUUCGCUCUGUGCCAGAACUGAAAGAGGCCCUUAAGAGGUAGGUUUCAUAUUUUAUUCAAUGAUGUUCAAAAUUAUUAUUAAAUAGAGAUUGUGGCUUUGGGGGAUGGGCUUCAGUAUGAGCACCUUAUUGUUUUUAACAUUCAACUUCUCUUCUUAAUGGGUACUAAAUAUAUUGAUGCUUACAAUUUGGUGGUAGAAUUCAGAUCCAGUUAGUGAUCUGCUUUUCUGCAAGUAGACUUAAACACUAUUAUGAAUUAUUUUAAAAUUUGAUUUCUAUUCCUAUCCAAUUUAUUCCAGAAUUUUUUCUGUGUCUUGUUUGCCUAGUGUAGCAUAUUCAGUAUAAUAGCUUCUAUGUUGGCUUUUAAGAAUACUUCUCAGGUUGGCAAAUCCUAGAGUACUGUGAUUUGAGAUGCGAUUAAGACUGAUAUAUUAAUGCUUUCAUAUUAAGUAGUUGGUGCAAAAUUAAUUUACCAUGCCUUUAAAAUAGUGUUUUCAUGCUUAAUGUUACUUCUGUGUGUUCUUUACUGCCACUUUGCUCCCGCUCUUUGUGAAUUCAUCAAGAAGCAGAAUAGGCAAAGGUUAGUCUUGUUAGCACUUUGGGAGGUAGGAAUCAAAUGAAUGACUUGUAUAACUUGCAUAUAAAACAGAGAUUAAUAGAAGUCAUAACAUUCUGAAGCAUUCCAGAGGGGUUAACAGUUCAGCUAAGCAACUCUUUAUGGACUUGUUGCCCUUUUAAGGCCUUUAUUUGGAUCUAAAGGUGUUCUUGUGCAAUUGAAAGGCAGUUUUGCUUGUGCAAGGUGGCUUUCUGUACUUUCUUCCUUUUCUGCUCUUUUGCUGCAGUCUCCUGUGCCACACUCCCAUGUUCUCCCAGAGGGUUCCUUAACCCUUGGGUGUAGCUUGUCCGUGGGCAUAGGAGACUGGUAGGGAGAGGAAGGGAUCGGAAAGCCGUAUUGUACAAGUGAAGUUCUGAUUGCUCAUGUUUGGGCCCAAGUGCUUGGCUUUUAAACAGUAACUUCAUUUUUAGUAUAUCCUGAGAUGGUAAUGAUAAAUAUGGAAGCCAUGGUAGGUGAUGGUUGUGCCGUAACUCAGUGAACUCAAUGUGUAUAGAAAUGCAGUUAUUGGAAAGCAGAAUCUCUGGAACCCUGCAGAAUAGAGAACUGGUUUUAUCUUGUGUAGUUGGGGAGAUUCUGCUUUGGAGUAAAUUUGUGGCCUCAGUUCAUUUCUGUGUACAGUGAAAGGAGCAAGACAAGGAGCCUAACGCUGUCCCAAUAUCAGUGGGAGUAGAAUUUCUGGGGUGGGAUGGAGGAACAAAUAAUGAGUAAUCCAGACUUGGGGACACAAGGAUCCUGGAAACCUUGUGCUUUCCUCUGCACACGUGUGCUCACUGUUCUGCAGACACUAGAGGACACGUUUUCAUUAUUAUUUUAAAUGGAAGCUGACUCUCAAUUUCUACACUUUCAUUAGAUAAGUUUUGCUCCAAGUAACACAGUCCUGAUAAAAGUCCACCUCAGCAUUAUUUUUAUGGGGGCUGCAUUGAUUCCAAGGCCAAAUUAAAUAACAUGUUUUAAACAUCUCUUUAGAUAUGCUGGUGCCUUAAGAGCUUCAGGAGAAAUGGCCUCUGCUCAGUACAUCACAGCAGGUUUGUAUUUGAUCAUCAAUGUAGAGCUCUCUGCUGCUUAAAAAACCUUCUUUGUAACAGAAUUUUAAGGAUUCUAUUCACUAGAUUAUAACUGAGGGAAAACCAAAGGCAAGCGGUCUCUUAACAGGCAAAGAAACACAUCUCACUGUCUUAUUUUUUUGUACUUCUGAAAUGUCUAGGGUUGUCCCCACCCCAAAUCAACUACUGUCGUUUUGUUGAAACUGAUGGGUCCCUUACAAAUCUCCAAUUCUAUAAUUCUAUCAACAGUUAAUAAUGUUUCUUGAGUUUUCAAAGAAUCUGAAAUAUAACUGAUGAUUUCCAAGUGUGAAGUUUUAUAAUUGUGUUUAAAGAGCAAAAAUAUCCUUAUUCAGAGGUGCUCUUGAGGAGCUUCUGAUAAAUUUCGUAGUAACAAUUGGCUUUGGGUGCUGUCAGAUGCUGUGGUGGUUGCUUGUGAGUAACCAGGCAGGACUCCGACCUGUCUUUUACAGGUUUUCUUGUGCAAACUGUUUACAAUGCAGAGCCAUAAAGUUCAUGUCCGACUUAGUCACUUGCAGAAUCCGGGAGUGGCCCCUUCCGGCUUCUCCCCCAACAUAAGAACUUCGGCACCCCAAGCCUCCACCGCCCCUCCUUGCGUUUCACCCCUCUGAGCAAGGUGGGCGACGGAAGUGGCGUGCUUCCCUCCUGGCUAGGUGAGGCGCUGGAGCUCUCCGCAGCAUCCUCAAGCCCUUUCCUCGCUUGGCUGGCCCCUUCACUCUCUUCUCCACUGGAGGUGUGGCUUCCCCCACCUCUGGAAGAGGAACUACUCCUCAGGGUUUUUGGAGGCUCUCUGUAUCCCAGCAGCCCCCCUGCCUCCCUCCCUUGUUCCGAUGGCAGUCCCCUGACAUGUGCCAUUCAGGAUUCUCACACACUGAAUCUCCACAUGCAGCAGUUUAGUCUGUUACAAGGGUGUGAUGUGUUUAGUCCUGUUUUGCAGGUAGAUUGUUGGGGCAUAUGAUGUAAAAAAUUAAGUAGCCCUACUCUAAAAGCAAUACUACGGUAUACAAUAAAAAGGGAAAUAUUUAUUUGAACUAUAUUGUGUUUCUUGUAUCUGUCCUUUAGUACUUAACAGUUUAAUGUUUAUUCACUUUAAAAAACAACUCUGUUUUAUUUUUAAGCUCUUAGAGAUUUAUUUGAUUCCAUGGAUAAAACCUCCUCUAGUAUCCCUCCCAUCAUUCUCCUCCAGUUUUUACAUAUGGCCUUUCCCCAGUUUGCGGAGAAAGGGGAUCAAGGCCAAUAUCUUCAACAGGUAAAUGCUUUUAUUUUACUUUCUAAUAUUCAGGCAGUAUAUGUCUCCCCAAAAUACAUCUAUUGUUCAACGAGUUCCGUAUGUUUGAGUUGUGAGGCAAUAAUUAAGUACAAACCUACAUACAGCUUGUGUAAACUUGAAUUUAAUAAUUGUAUUUAUAUGAUUCUGUAGCAACUAUGAAGAAAAACACUUUUGAAAUAAUGUUAAUAUUUCAGAUUUAUGAUGUUUGCAGUAAACUCAAAUUAGUAUAUUUAUUGCAACUUUUGUUAAACUCAAGCUAUCACUGUGCCAAACGUUUGCUUUUCUCUGCUUCUUUCAUAGGAUGCCAAUGAAUGCUGGGUUCAGAUGAUGCGAGUCCUGCAGCAGAAGUUAGAAGGAAUCGAAGAUGACACAGUUAUGGAAGUAAGUGGUCUUGGUCUUACAGUCCUGGAGAAAAUGGCAUUAACUCUGUGCUCAGCCAAAAACAGCAAGAACUUUUGAUUUUGAAACACACAAAAAAUCAUGUGCUGACUGUGUGCAAGUUUUGGGGUAAACCUUAAGGACUGUGACCUUUACUACAUAAUAUUUUAAUAUGUUUAUUAUACUACUGCAUAGCUUCAUUUCCAGAGGCUUGCCAAAUGUGUCUUUCCCCCCAAUACUUGAACAACUGACUGCAGUGGCAACAGAAACCCGUCCACAUUUUUUACUUAGAAUUGAAGUCUCAAAUCUUAGUACUGUGUAGAAAAAAUCUUGAGUAGCAACUACAGGAGUAAGAAACUCAAGCUGUUGAAUACACCACCUUCAAUAAAAAGUUGCUUUGAUGGAGUAUAUCUGAGGUACAUACUCAUAGAGAUUUCAGAGAGCACAACUGUCCUCAUUUAUCCAGUGUUAAGGAACAGCUUUAAGCUCACACAAUGGGUUUGUCCAUGCAGAGCUCUCCUUCAUAUUGAAGAGGAUGGGAGAGCAUUAGAGCUCUCCUGUUCACUAAGAGCUCCUGACGGAGCUAAUGUAGAUUCUGAAUGUGCUGGAAGCUGUCAGUCAGUGGCUUCCACAUGUGGAGUACCCACUCAACCUGGUCUCACUUCCACUCCCUGCCUUCCUCCUUCCAUGUCCUGCAGCUGCUUUAAGCAAUUUCACAUAGGGGAAGGAAAUGGUCUACUUUUCAACAGCUGUCAAAGCUCAGGUCUGUACCCAGUCUUAAUAAGCGCAGUAAUACUGAAGAUCAGGCAUAACAUUGUAAGAGUAAAGGAACUGGGAAGAUGUAAUGUGGCUUAAAGAAGCUCAGAAUGAGAAGUCUGUUUCAGAGCACAGUUCAAAGUUGUUGGUAUUGACCUUUAAAGCCCUAAAUAGCUUUGGCCCUGUAUACCUGCAGGAGCAUCUCCACUUCCAUUGUUCAGCUUGGACACAGAUCCAGCUCCGAGGGUCUUCUGACGGUUCUCUCACUGCGAGAAGUGAAGUUAUAGGGAACCAGGCAGAGGGCCUUCUCGGUAGUGGCACCCGCCCUGUGGAAUGCCCUCCCAUCAGAUGUCAAUGAAAUGAACAACUGUAUGACUUUUAGAAGACAUCUGAAGACAGCCCUGUAUAGGGAAGUUUUUAAUGUGCGAUGUGUUACUGUGGUUUUACAUUUUGCUGGAAGCAAAUGGGUGGCAUAUAAAUAGUAAAUUGUAUUAUUAUAUUACUUAUUUGUUUUUACAGACUGACUCUGGAGCUUCAGGAGCAGCAGCAGCACCUCCUAAGAAGAAGAGCUUAAUUGACCAGUUUUUCAGUAUUGAGUUUGAAACUAUGUAUCCUAAACAUUACUGGCAAUACAUGGGGGGUGAUGUUCAUGGUAAUAGCAACAUGGGCAGGGCUGGGAUUUUACUGACACAAGAGGAAACAUUUUUUCCCCUAUGAUGGGUGAUUGUUAACAUAGAAUUGAAUAAGGAAUGGCAAGUGGAUAGAGGGAAAUGAAAAUCAGUAAGUUUGGGAAAUCUCCCAAAGUGGAAGCUACACAAACUUUGUUUGUUUGUUAGUGAAUCUGGGGGAGGGGUGAGGAAUCUGGGGCCUUCCAGAUUUUGGACUUCAAGACCCAUCCACCCCAGGCAGCAUGGCCAGUGGUCACAGGCGAUGGGAGUUAUAGUCCAGCAGUCUCUGGAUGGGCACAGGUUCCUCAUCCUUGAUGUGAUGUAGCAAGGUUUCAGACCAAAUGAAAACACAGCCAGCUGUUUUUGUUGAACAGUUCCAAAGUUGCAAGGGGCAGGUGGCAGGUGAAGUUCAUGCCAGGAUGCGCAAAUGUGUCCUGUACUGUUUGUUAGCAAAAGAAUUGGUCACUGCUAUCAAAACGGCUUUCCUUGAAAUAAGCAACAUUGUUAUACAGCAAAUUAAAACAUACUGAAAUGGAGAGUAAGUAUUGACUGGCACUCUUUUUAACUGUUUCAUUAAGCUCAGCAGUGUUUAAAUAGAGCAGCAGUUCUAGUCUUUGCAUAUACAUAUAUAUUUGUCCUUAACAUUACGCAAAGCAUGAAAUGCACAGAAGCAGAAGAGGAGGAUGUCACAAAAGGAAGAGAGAAUCAACUCCAACUUAGUUGUUUUAUCAAUCAAGAAGUAAAAUAUCUUUUCACGGGUCUUAAACUGGUGAGCAACUUCACUUCAUUGUCUCUGGAAGUUGCUUUCUUUCUGUAGCACAGUGCUUGAAAGACCUUGCUUACUUUUGGCUGGCUUGAAAACAAGCCACAAAAAGUUGCUGGGGAUAGGGAGAAAAAAUUGUUGUGUGGCUUGUUUGGACAUGAAAUGCAGAUUUGUGUCCUGAACAUGUACUCCCAACUUUUAGGUGUCUUAAUCUGUAAAGCAGAAUUGCAUUGCAAGUUAUGUUUUUCAUUUUGCCUUCUCUAUCCCAUCCGAUUGCUAUGUAUAUACCAUUUCUUUAGUAGCUUAAUUUUUUCUAUGCUAAUAAAGCAAAGAAUUCAAGAGGACUCUCCUCCUUCUUGGUCUCCUUCAAAACUGAUAUGGUGUUAAGGCAGAAGGCUGAGCACGAAAUGUAGACUAGUAUCCUAAGUGUUACCACAGGAUUAAGAUCGCAGAACAGAUGGGGAGACUGUCCAGACUAGAUUGGGUUGUAUGAGCAGAUGUCUGAUUGUACAGUGUGGAAUGUCACCCUUUGCUUUUUAGUUCAAACUUUAAAAUGCAAACUCAAAAUAGGCUCCAUUGUCACCAGGUGAUAGGCAUUUCAAAGACAUCUCCAACUGUUCCAUAUCUCCCUAUUCUUGGUGAUUGCUUGAAAGUGCUCCGGAGAUUACUGCAUUUAAGACCUAUCCAUUGGUAUAGGCUACAUCUUUUUUGGUAGAAAGCAAAACAAAAGCAGGGAAGAGGGCAAGUUAAGACACCAAAGCAGGGGUUUUGGAAUGAUCUUGUAUGAUGUAAUGUAGUAUUAUGUUUCUGUUUCAGCGUCUUCAAGAAGAAAUUACCAAGCUGUCUCCAACAUUGCAAAGAAAUGCACUCUACAUAAAAUCUGUGAGUAAAAUUUGUAACCAUAAAACCGUUCAUGUUGACAUUUUAGAGGUGUAGAGAAUAAUAAAGUUCAAAGACCCUACAAUAUCAAUAGUUUGGAUUUUGUUGUGCUGCAUAAAUUGGAGAAGUACGCAGUAUAAUUCUAAGUAGUGUAAUCUGAUACCCCAUUCCAAUACUGUAACAAGUAGCUUAUGGGAGUAACUUGUAUCACCUGCACAAUGUGCAUGUACCUUGCUGGGAGUGGGGGUAGUGUGGGGCUGGGUAAAUAGUGCAAACCAAAUAUGGGAACCUGAUACUGCUUGUACCAAAAGGUGUGUAUUUUGUUUGUGGAUUUUGCACAUAAUCCAGUUACAGUGGUACCUCAGGUUACAGACGCUUCAGGUUACAGACGCUUCAGGUUACAGACUCCGCUAACCCAGAAAUAGUACCUCGGGUUAUGAACUUUGCUUCAGGAUGAGAACAGAAAUUGCAGCGCAGUAGCAGCGGGAGGCCCCAUUAGCUAAAGUGGUGCUUCAGGUUAAGAACAGUUUCAGGUUAAGAAUGGACCUCCAGAACAAAUUAAGUUCUUAACCCGAGGUACCACUGUAUAUGGAAUUCAGUGUUCUUAUUUUCAGUGAAAUUUCUUCUUGUAAUCCAGGGUCGUACAGGAAAUAAAGUUUAAAAUGAAUGCAUACUUCAUUUGCUUCCACUUGCAGCUAAGUAGUUACUGCUGUGAAUAUUUUGCUUGUUUUAGUCCAAGAUAAGUCGCUUGCCUGCCUACCUGACUAUUCAGAUGGUUCGUUUCUUUUACAAAGAGAAAGAAUCUGUGAAUGCCAAAGUUCUCAAGGUAGGUGUUUCAUACAUUAUUAUUAUAAUUAUUUAAAUUUGCAUAUAGUUCUUCAUCCAGAAGAUCCCAAGGCAGUUCAAAACACUACUACAGUUCUGCCUUUUGAUCCACCUGGUUGUCAACAAGCUGCUAGGUGAACUUGGGUGCUUCCAUGUCAAUUUAAACUGUUGUGAUAGGAGUGAAAGCUGAACCAGCAUAGCCCAUUUGAUUAGGAGCAUGAUUUUUCUGCUAGAAAAUGUUUCAGACCUUGGGAUAGUAUGAAAGCUGUAACAUGACAGAACAUUCUGCAGACAUUCACAGAAUAUAUUUUUAUAUGUUAAGGCUAGGCUAUGGAAAGGGCUAUUAGCUCCAGCAUAUACUUUAUGUGCAAAAAGUUCCAGAUUCAGUAACUAGAAUCUCCAGGUAGAAACUUGGGAGUUGCUGCCAGUCAGGAGACAGUUCUGAGCUAGAUGGCAGCUUGCUAUGUUCGUAAGUGUUUUUUGUUUUUUAAGUAAAUCCUGAGUUUUAAGUGAAAAGGCAACUUUAAAUGUGUUAAAUUAACUGGGAAACGGUGUCUGUGGUGGUCAGUUAGCUUCAUAUGAUGCUUUACAGAGAUGUUAAGCAAGCCUCUCUUCUAACUGCUCCUAGGAUGUUAAAUUCCCUCUUAUGUUGGAUGUAUUUGAGCUAUGUACAUCAGAACUGCAAGAAAAGAUGACCCCGUAUCGAUCAAAAUUCAAGGAACUAGAAGACAAAAAAGCGAAUCAGCAGCCAAAGAACGUAGGUGACCUAUUAAGAUUGCUUUAGCAGUGUACCUAAUUUUAUUUUAUGCGCAGGCCUUAAAUAAGAGCCAGCAUUGGGCAAGUGAACCAUUAUGACCCAAACAUCAUUUAGAUGCUUUAUAAUAAUGCUGUAUUUUCAAAAAUUUAAGACUUGAGUAUCAACAUUUGCUGUUGAAUUUCAUUAAUUUCUAGACCUAGUAAUUGUAUUAGCUACAAUUUUUUAAAAUAAGUAUGCAGAUGCCAUUUCCCUCUUGCUGACAAAAGACUUCCCUUUAAUUUUAUUAAUGGGGAAAUUAAUGGAUAAUCCCACUUGUUGAAAGCAGAGUGGCUAGUUCUUCAUUGGUUGUGCUGCUUACUCUGGCUGUGAUACUUUCGGAGCUUCUGUAAUGCUUUGACACACCAUGGAAUUUGCUCCAAAGACUUUUAACUUUUAUUUAGAAAUCGUUUCUCAUUGAUAAAGGUAAUCAGUGAUCAUUUAUUAGGAUGAUAUAAGUUAUUUUAUUUUUUAAAUGUAUUUCUCUUUUGCCUUAUAUGAACAUAACUCAUGUAAACCAUAAAUGUUUAUUUUUUAAGUCUAGUAAAGGUGAUGGUGCACAGAAGGAAGCAAAAUACGAGCCAUUUUCCUUUGCUGAUGGUAAGUGGAAAUUGAAAGAACUUUAAUGGAUACAUUUAAAACUCUGAUUUUUUUCACCUUAGAUUACCAUAAGGCAUUUAGGUAUUGAAAAUAGACAAAACACAAAAGCAUUUUUAUUAUUUCCUUAUCUGAAUAUCUGAAGAUAUAUUUGACCAAGUGAGUGAAGGGUGUAAGAGGUGUCUGAUAAAUUGCACAGCUUAAUAUUUGAAUGGCACUUGAUUGCAGUAUCUAUGGUACAAAAACUAAAGCUCACAACUGCUACAGAAAUAUAACAGGAAAGAGAUCAGGUGAGAUCAUGUCUUUGUACCAGACAAGCAUUUGAUCUUCUACGCUCUUUUUUGUUGUUAAAGUAGAUGAUUUUUAAAUUUUAUUUUUGCUUGCACUUGUUAAAAUGGAACUGCGUGGUUUUUCUACGCAAGUUGUUUGCAGUCUGCCGCAGGUAACAAGUCUGGACAAAAAUAACACAGGUAGCAAGGCUGAUUUCUUCCUAAAGCCUGUUACAUGUAGUUCUGCUAUUUGCUCUGUGUAUCUACAAAUUUCCCUAACCCCAGACACUGCUUAAUUUUGCAGGCAGUCUCUUCCUUCACAUGCUUAAUUUGGUGUCCUUGGGUGUGUGCUUAUGUGGAGAGAAUGCAUUCAUGAAUAAAACUUACUUGAACCCAACUUUAACCCAAAUGGUUGAAAAUAUAUUUUGUAUAAAAUGGCUUAGUUGCAUUUCCCCAGAGCAGGGAUGGGGAAUCCGUGGUCCUUCAAAUGGAUUAAGGAUCAUAGGAGUUGUAGUCUAGCAGCAUCUGGAGGGCUAUAGGUUCCCCAUUCCCACUCUAAAGCAGGGGUUGGGAGCCUUUUUGACCCAGUGGGCAAACCACUUAUCAGUUCCAAUUCUCAUGGGUCAACUUUGGCAGGUCUAGACCUCUUGUCAGUGCUGGGUGUCAAGUAUUUUUGCAGCACUGGGUGGUAAAGCUGCUUUCUGCAGGAAUCCACUGUGCAAUCAAGUACCCAUGAGGAACUCAAGCUGCACAGCUGAUUUAGCUGCUUCAGUAUCUGCCACAUGCGCAAGGUUUGGGGAAAGUAGGCUUGUGGGCCAAAUUUGUGGGGUGGAAGUUCCCCAUGCCUGCUGUAAAGAUUCCUGUGGCAAUCACAAAGAGACAUGGGUUAAGUGUGCAGAUUGUUUACUGUAGUGUUACAUUAUGAUCUUUCUUCCCCAGAUAUUGGCUCCAACAACUGUGGAUAUUAUGACCUACAGGCAGUGCUAACACAUCAGGGAAGAUCUAGUUCUUCUGGACAUUACGUAUCUUGGGUUAAAAGAAAACAAGGUACUGAGGCAAUUUUAGACGCUAGCAAAAUAAUAGUACAUGAAGGUUGGCUGUUUUUAUUGAACGAUAAAUUGGAAAUCCUGGCUCUGAAUAGUUCAUGUAAUAUGUGGUAUUAAUUUACUAUUUCUUUUUCUUCACAGAUGAGUGGAUUAAAUUUGAUGACGACAAAGUCAGCAUUGUUACACCUGAAGAUAUUUUGAGGCUAUCAGGGGGUGGAGACUGGCAUAUAGCUUACGUUCUACUUUAUGGGCCACGCAGAAUCGAAGUAGCGGAAGCGGAAGCUGAUCAAUAGACUUCAUUUUUACCAUUUCUGCCUAGGUGUGAAAUAAAUUUCUUAACUCCAGAGCUUCACAGAGGCUGCAAAAUUGGUUCCUUCAGUCUACUGUCAUUUGGAGCGGCAAGGAAGCAAAUCAGGUUUUGAAACUGACCUCUGCACUAAAGUCACUACUACAGUCACUCAAUAGUUGUUAUAUUUGUAAUUGAUUUUAGGUUUCGGGUUGCAAAAGAGACCAUUUUAAAACAACUAAAUUUUAACAAAAUUAAGCAGGCCUCCUGCCCUUUCCUCUAAUGUUAUCAGCAAGAUAUUUAUUACACACCUAUUCAUGCAUCAUUUUGUUGUUAAUUCUUGCAUGGUUUCUACCAGUUCAGUAGCUGUCGAUCCUUUCUAUUGUGUCUUGACAGCUUUGUCAAGUGGAAUAUCAAUUGUUGCCUCAACAUGUAACACAGUGCUGCUGCCCAUAGCCUAUGGAUAUAUGGCUACAAUCACGUAUUUGUCCAGCCUGAUGUGCCAACCUGGUCUGUUCUGUUGCUGGCAUUCCAUGACUUUGAAUAAAUGGUGAUCAGUAAUGAUGGUGCUUCUUACAUAAAUGUUUGGUGUUUUGUCUUCUUGCUAGAGCUUAACCGUAUACCUCUUGGCUUGUAUCCAGUGCAGGGCUAAGUAAGCAUCCCAUCCGGCUUCGACAGGAAACCAAAGAAUACAGUUUAGCAGAACUGUGAUUGAGUGGUUUAAAUUGAGGUAAAGGAGAGGAAGUGGUUACAGUUUUGGGAAAUUGCUCCUCUUUAAAUAAGUUUUUAAUAAGAAUUAUCUACCUUCUUAUACUGCAUGUUGAUGUUAUAUGCUUUUAAAUGGGUUUAAAUACUAUGAUGGGUUUCUGUAAGUUGGUGCUCUGUAUAGAAGUCAAUGUGUAAGCAGUCUCUUCUGUUUCACCAUAUUCUUAUUAUUUCAUCCUGUUCCACCUAGAAAUCUUACAGGCUUAAUAGUUGGUAGACUUCCCUAGUCCAGUCUUAUCUCCAUGGAACGUAUAUUUUGUUGAACCUGCCACAGAAGGCCAGUUUUCCUGCUACAAAGUCUUCAGUAGUAAUCAGUUAAACACCUAAUAAUAGCAGUAAAUUAUAAGCAAGAAAAAUGGUGUAGUGGAGUUUCUGGCAACAGAAACCAACGGUGCCCAGCAAACCUAGGUCUUACAACUUUCUAGGAUUUGAAUCGAUUCAAUGUGUUUGGUGAACAGUAAAGGAUCUACAGGAAGCCACCAAUUUCAGGCAGGCAGUAUUGGUCUGUUUGUGUGUAGCUGGCUUCUUGUUUGAUCAUGGUCAGGCCCAAACUUGAUUAGCUACAGCAAUGGCACUGUAUUGGUCAGGUAUAUAAACAUACCUAGGGAAUGAUGUGAAAGCAAAUACAUUCCUUAUAAGAAAGCACACUUUAUAAUUUAUCCACAGAUAGGCGCUAUGAUAUUUAGAGUAAUAUGAACAUAUUAAGUGUGGCAUUUCACAAUUUCAGCAGGGCAAGAGCAAGCAUUUUCUGGGAAAGUGCAUCGACUUUACCCAUAAGAACAUUUCAUGCUUAAAUCCCGGGGGUUCUUCCAUAGCUCAGCUCAUCUUUUCACACUGCAUCACAAAAGGUGGGACAAAAUGAUCUGCUAAAGCACUAAUUUGGUAAGCUUAAAGGGGAAUCCUAAUCAGCCUCUUCAUAUUGUGAUCCUUUCUGGGCAUAUUUUAAUUUUUGUUGCAGCGACAAGGCCUAGUAGCUCUGAAGUCAGAAUAUCUACAGCUGGAACAGAAACUAACAAAAUGCCAGUUACCAGGAAUUGACAAACCUUAAUGAGUCAGACCCAUAAACAUAUGUAUUGCCCUUCACUGUACAUCUAUACUGUAUCCUAUAUCCCAGAGACUUUGUAGGAGCUAGCACUCUAAAACAGCACUACAAAAGCCCAAGCCAAAACUGAACAUCUAGUUAUAACACUGCUAACAACAGGAGAGACUUCCACUACAAUGAAGUACCUUAGAAUGAUCAGAUACUUGCUGUAUAUAAAACAGGUCUUCAAACAGUCAUAAUUUCAUGCAUAAAACACUACAAGCAUAGAAUGAUCAUUAAUUAAGAUUAUUAAAAAGAUAUUAACAGAAAUGGCAUGGAAAUAAGUAACCAGAGUAAUUCAGCAUGCUGCUCUCCUACUCUUUUGGCUUACACUUAUCGAGCCCAGCCAACAAAGCUCUCAAGAGGUAGUGAGAAUUUUAGUCUACACAUCUGAAGGGCACCAGGUUUGCAAAGAAUGAUCUAGAGGCAGCGUUCUCUUGUGCAUCAUUUCCAUACAAAACUAGGGGCAAUGGCAAGGUGAGAGACCAGGAAGAUACCAUUCUAUCAGUAUUCUAUUGGGACCACUUUGUAACAGCAGUACAGUUCUGUUAAGUGGUUUCCCAUUUGCUAUAAUACUAACACAAGUUUACUGAACAGGCACCUGAUUUUCACUAAAGGACGUUACAACAUUUUUAGCCACAUGUACAUUGGGGAGGAAUCCCUAACCAAGAGCAAUAGUUCUCCAAUCUUCAUAGAAUUUGAGCACUUAAGGCAUCUCAAAUUAUGUAAGGACUAUUUGUGUACUAUGUCCCUUCACCACCCAUAUUCCAUGGAAAAAGUCAGUAACCUUCCUAUCUGCUUUUGAACAGCUCUAACAAUUCAUUUAUUCCUGGAAUUUCUAGACAGAAGGUUACUUUAAAAUGUUUUAUUGCUUACCAAAUUAAACUGAUCUAUCAAAUGUUGGGUUGUUACUUAGCAACAACAGCUUCUUUUUCCUUGUUUAACACCUAUUUUAGCUAUUGUUUUCACUAUCGUUUGUUAGGCUUUCUGCAAGGUCAUUUAAUCCAGCUUUGUUCAAUGCAGUAAUCAGAUUUUCCAUUGUAGCGUGGAUGCCUUCUUGGUCUUGCCAAGUAACAAGCAGCUGCUUAGCUCUCAUCUUCACAUCUUCACUAUCUGAUUCAAUUUGCCUUAUAUCAGAGUCUUUCAUUUCCAAAUAUGGGGCCAGAACAUUCCAGUAUUCCCCAAGCUUGUUAGCAAGCAACUCUAUUUGUUCUCCUGUUACAAGUUUAUCCCGUUGAGCAUCUGGACCUAAAAUCAAACAUAAAAAAGAAUAUUUAGAGAAUAGCAUUGUAUAAUGCAGCACUCAACAAACCUGUUUCUGAAAACUAACAGCUUGUUAGCAUUGUCCAGUUUCAGUAAAGAAUUAUCCUUUUACAUUCAUGCUUCCAAGUUUUAUUUAAAUUCUACUGUCUUAAAAUCAUAUUACAGAAGGUGCAUUUGUGACUAUAGACAGAUCACUUGUUAGGCUACUUUUAUACUCCCUGAAAGUGCAAACCUCAACCAUUACUUUUAAGUCAAUCCAUGAUUUUAGACAGCUGUUUUAAUUUACUAAACAUUGAAAUUGCCCAGCUGAUUUGCCUUUGUUUUGCAAGUUCAAAAGGAAUCCCUAACUGCUCCAAAAGAAAGCUGCCUGUUCCCCAGUGUUAAUGACUAUUGUUUAUUGGUCACGUUCAUUUACAAUAUAUUUCAGAAACAGCCCUCAAUGAAAUGAAAACUGGAUGGCCAAGGAGCGGGGAAAAGUUCACAUGUAGCUGGUAAAAAACAGUCAGGAAGGGGGUAUCUGAACUUUAAAAACAAGUAAGAGUGAGAUACAGCAAAGGGAAAGGCAGAUUUCUGCUGAAAUAGAGAGGAUGGGAAGUAAAAUUAGUAAACAAAAGAACAAAAGCUACUAAAAUGAGAGAAUGCAAUAGAGCAGGUAAGUACAUAAGCAGGAUUCCACUGAGGGAACUAAAGCAAGGCUGACUUUUCAGUACUAUUGUGGAGGGUGGGGAGGCACUGAUGAAUAAGCAUAGAAGACUUGCAUGAAAUUAUAGCAUGAAUCAGAGAGCAAACUGGAUAUGAAGUGAUCACAUGAGGAAGGAAGACAUCAUGCAAAUGAAUUUAAUCAGAACACAAAAAAUAAGCAGACCAAAAGGUAUGGAAAGUAAAGAUCAAGGAUAUGCCAAGUUUAGGGACAGACACUGAUUCACAAAUUGUGAGGCAGGAGAUGGAACUGGAAGGAUGGUCUUUGAAAACUAGCUUUAGAAGAG